AUGGCCAAAAAAAUGACACAAGAUGAAUUGGAAGCGUGGCAAACGAAAAUGGAAGAAGAAAAGCUGAAAAUGGAUGCGUAUGUGGCGCAGUUGAAUGCAUUUCAAACAAACUUAGACAAUCAAGCGCAACAGUUGAACGAUGAAAAAGCAAGUCUUGACGAAUUUAAGAAAAAGUUUGACGUGGACAGAGCGGCAUGGUCGAGCAGUGUGUCGCUACCAGUGCAUCAAGUGACCACCAUUGUUAAAGGAACAAUAGGUAAUAUAAAUGAAUUUAACGUUGAAAAGGAUGACUCGAUUUUGUGGUACGAUAGACUGCAACAGUACUACGAAUCAAACGAUGUAGUCGAAGACAAGAAAGUAUCAGUGUUUCUCACGUUAAUAGGCAGUGAAGGUUAUGCCUUGUUAAAAGACUUAUGCAUCCCGGUAAACCCUGCGAAUAAAACAUUGCAAGAAUUAGAAAGGAUUAUGCGUGAGCAUAAAAAGUCAAAGCCUAAUGUAGUGACUCAAAGAUUUUUAUUUAAAACGAGAAAACAAAAAGAAGGUGAAUCGGUGAUGAGUUUUAUUGCAAGUUUGAGAAAAAUUUCUAUAGACUGUGAGUUUGGUGCUACAUUAGAAGAAAACUUAAGAGAUCAAAUCCUCAUUGGAGUGACGAGUAAAGAAAUCAAGAAGAAAUUGCUGUCCGAGAAAAACCUAACCUACAACAAGGCGGUAGAAUUGGCGCGCUCAUUGGAAACAGUAGGCAUGGACGCGACGAUGCUGGAGACUUCUGAGAAGAACGCAAUCAACUACGUAACGGACAAAAGAGGUAACAAGAAAAACUACAAGCGUGAUACGUUAAGUUUAGCAGAAGAAUCUAGAGAGCUUGUAACACUCAAUACUCAUAAAGGUUUAUUUAGACCUAAACGAUUAAAAGAUGGUAUUGCAUCAACUCCUGGUUUAUUUAUAAGAGUAAUGGAUAACUUGUUAAAGGAUAUUCCAGAUAUUGUUACUCCGUUAUAUGAAUUAUUAAGAGAUGAAGUUAAAUGGGAAUGGACACCUAGACGAAAAAAAGCUUUUACAGAAGCCAAAGAAAUGUUAUGCUCAAACGGAUAUAUAUCACAUAUAUUUCCUGACGGAAUUGAAAGACCAAUAGCAUUUGGUUCUAGAUUAUUAACAAAAGCUGAACGUAAUUAUGCACAAAUUGAUAAGGAAGCAUUAGCUUUAACUUUUAUAGUCACACAUUUUUAUCAGUAUCUAUAUGGUAGGCAGUUCAUUCUAGAAACCGACCACAAACCAUUAAUUCAUAUAUUUGGUCCAAAGAAAGGAAUCCCUCAAAUGGCAGCUAGUAAAUUACAACGCUAUGCUUUGAUAUUAGCUGCAUAUGAUUUUAUUAUUAAAUAUAUAAAAGGAAAAGAUAAUUGUGUUGCUGAUAGCUUGUCUAGAAAUUUAAUAAGUAAGGCUAGAGAAAUUUCGAAAGAAGAUAAUAAAGUUGAUUAUUCUUUUUUAAAUUUUGUAACUGAUAAUGUUAAAACCUUGGACACAAAUGCUAUUGCAGUCGAAACACAGAAUGAUUUAGUUUUAAGUAAAGUAAAAAAAUAUGUACUACAAGGUUGGCCAAAAUCGGCAGAAAAUGAUGAACAUUUAAAACCAUAUAAAAAUAGAAAAUUUGAAAUAACUAUUGAACAAGAUGUAUUGAUGUGGGGACAUAGAAUUAUUAUUCCGAAGAAAAUACAAAAUGAUAUAUUAAAUGAGUUACACUGUACUCAUCUUGGAAUUGUAAAAAUGAAAGGGUUAGCCAGGUCUUAUAUUUGGUGGCCGAACAUAGAUAAAGAUAUUGAGAACAUUGGAAAAUCUUGUAAGCUCUGUUUAGAAAAUGCAAACAAUCCUGUUAAAUCUAGUUUACAUGUAUGGAAAUGGCCUGAAUGUCCUAACUACCGAAUUCAUGUGGAUUUCUGUGGUCCAAUCAAUAAUUUCAUGUACUUAGUUUUUACUGACGCUCACUCAAAAUGGGUAGAUGUCAAAGAAAUGAAGGAUAUUACGGCAGACAGUACUAUUGAUAUGUUCAGAGAAUACUUUUGUGUUUGGGGAUUACCAAACGAACUUGUUACUGAUAAUGGCCCUUCAUUCACCUCUGAAAAAUUUAGUAAAUUUCUUGAACAAAAUUAUGUUAAGCAUAUCAGGACUGCUCCGCAUCAUCCUCCGUCAAAUGGUGCUGCAGAAAAUGCUGUCAAAACCUUCAAGUAUAAAUUUAAAUUGUUACUGAAAUCUGGUCUAUCGAGGCAUGAAGCUUUAUGUAAAUAUCUAUUUAGUUAUAGAAGUACACCUCAUUGUACAACAGGUUGUACUCCGGCUGAGUUACAAUUAGGUCAUAAAUUAAGAACUAGAUUUGAUCCUUUAAAACCAUUUGAUAAAGAAACUGUAUUAAAGAAGCAAGAAAGUCAACGGUAUUAUUAUAGAGGACAUAGAAAUGUCACUUUUGAUGAGGCUGAUCCUGUUAUGGUUAAAGACUACAGUAAAAACAAUUGGCGCUCUGCCAAUAUCCUCGAGAAGUUAAGUCCUGUUACGAAUGCUAAUUUCAAUGAAAGUAACAGUUCUAAUCAUCCCAAAGAUUCGACUGACUCAAAUAUAGAUUUAAGUUUUGUUCCUUCAGUUCUUGAUAAUGGUAUUAGCGAUAAUACUGAUUCAAUUAAAAUUACUAAUCAUAAUGUGAAUACCAAAGAGUCUCCCAUGUUAAGUGAUGUUUAUACUGAAUCUAUCGAUAUAGAAAAUAUGUUAAAUAAAUCAAAAAUUAUAGAUUCUCCCAUGAAAGUUGUACCGUUGCGCAGAUCUAAGAGAACAAUAAAACCAAGGAAAAUUUUAGAUUUAUAA